UCAAUAUGGCUUCUUCUUCUUCUCCAAUAUUUUUGAUGAUCAUUUUCUCAAUGUGGCUUCUAUUUUCCUACUCAGAAUCCACAGAAUAUCUUGUUAGAGAUAGUGAGAAUUCAUGGAAGGUUAAUUUUCCAUCACGAGAUGCACUCAACCGUUGGGUCACUAGACACCAACUCACAAUCCACGAUACUAUCGAUGUAGUGGAUGAGGAUGACUGUAAUACAGAGAUUCGUUCCAAGCUAGGUGGUGAUUUCGUUGUUACAAAGAGGCCUCUGGUUCUUCCACCUCUUAUUACAUUGCCACUGUCACCUUCACCCGCACCGGCACCGAGUUUGUCCGGCGCUGCGGCUGGCCAUGGAUUCAUCGUGUGGUUGGGAGCUUCGUUACCUAUGUUGAUGUUCUUAAUUUGGCUAUAGAAGCUUUGUGACUACAUACAUAAACAAACAUAUGCAAUUUUUGUGUGUGUGGUGAAGGUCAAUUACAGUCUUAUUUUGUGUUUAAGUUUCCUUCAUUUUUAUUUUUAUGGACAAUAAAAGGUUGUUGUUAGUUU